AUGGAAAUAUCAAACACAAAAACAAAACCCAAAAUUGAUGUCGUGUCCGAGAAGGACGGUGAGAAAGUAGUGCCUGAGAAGGGCGGAGAGAAGUUGGUGCCUGAGAAGGGCGUAGAAAGUAAGAAGUCGGGGCUAGAACUCCUGAAAGAGUGUUCGGUAGUACUGGGCGAAGAUGUUGGUCUCUUAGGUCGUCGUCGUACUCGCCAUAGUCUGUUGAGAGCGGUUGCGGGCGAGAUCGACUGCGGGUCUACGCGGUCGAGCUCGUGUGCAACCCCAACUGAGGAGAUGGAAAUGGAACCGUUGCCGUCUACGUCUGGUCUCCGCUCCUGGCGUAAAAGACACAUUGCUGAGUCUGACACAGACUCUAUAGUUGAGGAUGAGGGCGAUGUCCAGUCCGCCCGCAAAAGGUCCGGCAGCCCUAGAGUGGGGUCGAGAGCAAGUUCUCGCACAAGGAAGAAGGAGGAAUGUCGGCGGCAGUUCAGCUACCGAUUCUUUGAGGACGAUGUAACCAGAGCGGUCCCUGGGGCGGGUGCUACCAAGUCUGGAUUACCUCCAGCGACGGCCCUGGAUUAUCAUGAGAGUGACUUCUUCUCCUCUGGGGAUGAAGCGUCGGAUAUACAGUCGGAGUCGGAUAGGCCGACGGCGUCUGGCGCCACUGCCACUGCCGCCGCCGAGAAUAAGAAUAAAGUGGCCGAGGAGGUAAUCCGCAGGGCGAAGUGUCUCGUCCACCGGCAAGCGGAUGCUCUCACCGAUGUUGUGAAGAAGGCAGGGAACCUCAAAGGGACCACCAUAAGGACCCUGAAAGAGGGUUUGGCCGGGAUCACACAGGUUGUGGACACCUUGGAGGGGGAUCUAUUUCCGACGUCGGUCUCUCCACUGGUCUCAAAGAACCUGAGACUUGAGCAGGAAGUCGAGUACCUGCGUCGGCAGUUGGCCGAGGCUCGUGCUGCCAAGCCAGCUGCCAAGCCAGCGGCCAAUGCCGGUAUCUCGGCGGAUGUUGUCCCUGUCGUAGGGAGUGAGGCGAGCGCGUUCCGCGCUCAAAUAAUGAGGGACGUCGGCGGAAUCGUCCGCCAAAUGGUAGGGACGCUUAUGAAGGAGGUGAAAGAGAUGAUCUCUGCUCUCCCCUCCACUGAGAAGGUGUCGUCUGCGUCAGCGGUCUCCACGCAAACCUUGCCAGAGGCUGGAACAAUGGCGUCAGAUGUGCCCGACCCCCCUAGAGUCGGCGACCGGGGUUCUCUUCCCCAGUCAGAAACGGGUCGGGCCAAGAAAAAGAAGGCGAAGAAGACGCCCGUCACACCGGCGCCCUCUGGACAGCCCGAGUCGGUAGCAACAACAUCCGCUCAGCCGCCUGUGCAGGCGACCGCGUCCUCCUGGGCGACGGUCGUAAAAGGAAAACGGGGCAAGACCGUCAGUGUUCCCGAAGGGCAGCCUGUGGCUGUCAACCCUCCGGUGACGAAAGCCGGUUCGGCCCCCUCGAAGAAGGCAAAGAAGACGAGCGCACCCUCGCCUUCUAAACUGAAACCGCCUCGCUCCGCGGCGGUUAUUAUUACGUUGGACCCGGAGGCGGAAAGGGAGGGUGUCGCGUAUGCGAAUGUCCUUGCGGAGGCCAAGAGAAGGAUCGAUCUCCGCGCAUUGGGGAUCGAAGAUAUGCGGUUUCGCACCGCGAUCACCGGCGGUAAGGUUCUAGAGGUUCCAGGUGCUGAUGGCGCGGAGAAGGCCGACGUUCUGGCGUCGAAGCUCCGGGAGUUCAUCCCGGAGAAUAUGGCCAAAAUCUCCAGGCCCGUAAAGUCCGCGGAGAUGCGGAUAUCGGGCCUGGACGACAGUGUUACGUCGGAGGAAGUGGUCGCUGCGGUUGCCCGGGAGGGCGGCUGUCAGGUGGACCAAGUGCGAGUCGGAGAGGUUCGACGUACUAGAUCUGGGGUGGGCACUUGCUGGGUUAAAGCUCCAUUGCAAGCAGUUAAGAAGAUGACGGUCGCCGGCCGAGUUCGUAUAGGCUGGGUUUCGGCGAAAGCAGAGCUCCUGCGGCAGAGGCCGCUUCGGUGCUUCCGCUGCUUGGAGGAAGGACAUGUGCGGGCAUCCUGCAGUCAUGAGCAGGACCGCAGCGGUCUAUGUUACCGUUGCGGAAACGAAGGCCAUAAGGCGGCGAUGUGCGCGGCCGACCCAAAGUGCGCUGUGUGUUCAGCGCAGGGCCGGCCGUCGGACCAUUGGGUGGGGUCCAAGGCCUGCACUCCUCCUAAGAAGCGUAAGAAGCAACCGGUGAAAUUGCCGAACCCAGCAGGCCGGGUGAGUGUGGAGGGAGAGGAGAUGGAAACGGGCAGGUAG